GCUCCGCUCCGCUUUGUGCGGCUCUGCCCGCUCCGUGCUCCGCUCCGCUCCCCGGAGCCGCGGGGGCUGCCCGGCUCUGCCCGGCUCUGCCCGGACACCUCAGCAGCCAUGGAGGCAGCGCUCAUCUUCCUGUGCUCCCUGCUGGUGCCCGCGGCCGUGGCAGACGUGGCCGCCCCGCAGAAGGAGGAGGAGGAUCCCUUUAACUAUGAUUACCAGAGCCUGAGGAUCGGGGGGCUGGUGUUCGCCGUGGUGCUGUUCACCGUGGGCAUUCUCCUCAUCCUCAGCAGGAGGUGCAGGUGCAGUUUCAAGCAGAAGCCCAGGGCUCCAGGGGACGAGGAGGCUCAGGCAGAGAACCUGAUCACCUCCAACGCGACAGCGGCGCAGAAGGCAGAGAACUGAGCAGGAGCCAACGCCAGCCAGAGACCCCAGGAGGGACACCCGGAGCGCAGAUGCCCGCGAGGAACCCGAAACCCCAGCAGCUGGUCCCUCUCAGGAGACGCCGUGUCCGUGUCCCCCUCUGUGCUCCAGCACCGGUUCUCUGUUCCUAACCCGACUAAACUCUGCUGUCCUCUCUGCCUCCCGUGGUGUGUAACGUUGCUGUGAGAUAUCAUUACCUCUAGGGCUAGUUGUUGCUGAUGUUGUAAUCGUGACUUUCUCCUCAUCCUUCUCGUGCUGUGCGUGUGAUUUGGGCUCUGUAGGACUGGCAGGCUGCUGCCCUUGGGGGUGCCCUCGCAGCCGGGAGUGUGGGCUGUGGGUCAGGGACCCCCAUUCCCUGCCCAGUGCCAGCAGCACAGCCCCCCUGGCUUUGGGCAGGGCCUGGGGACCUGCAGCGCCCUGGGGACCUGCACAGCCAUUUCAGGGCCACCGUCCCCAUUUCAGCAAUAACCCCCCGCAUGCCCCAGCCUAAAAACAGCCAUGGUGGGGGGCGAGUCGGGCAGGGACACCCCACGGCUCAGCCUCCUCGCUGGGGUCACUGGGGUGCUGGACUCAAGGCUGAGGGGAGCUCUCCUGCCUCUCCUGCUUGGCACUGCCCGUUUCUGUCCCUGUUCAACCUGUGGGACACUGCUUUAAGCAUGAGGCAGGGCCGUGGUGGCAGAGGAGCCCGUGAGGUCCCCAGCACGGUGGCACGGUGGGUGAGGGCAGCAGCACGGCAGUGACCUCAGUGACCAGCACCAACCAGCUCCUGCCACGAGCCAGAGCUGGGUGGGCAGCACAUCUGAGGGCUGAAGAGAAGCAGAGAUCCUCUCUGUGCUUGUCUCUGGCAUGGAAGGGGCAGCGGCGUCUCCUCCUGCUGCUCUCUGCCUUGUCACUCCCUGUGCCACCCGUGUCAGUGCUGUGUUGUCCCCUGGUGGGUCUGUGUCACCCCCGGUGCCAGCUGUCCCCUCUCCCCGUGGAGCAGCAGCGAGUGGCACUGAGUGAUUCUCGGGGCUUUGCACACCUGAGCUUGCACUGUGACAACGUGCUGAGCCCAGAGCUCAUUGUCACCCGGUGUCCUCUCAUGGGUCAGAGGCAAACCUGUGAUUUUUGGCUCUUCCCCAAAUCCAUGGGCAGGUAAAACCUUGCUGGGGCUGGGGACUGCCAGCUUGGGUGGUGGCAGCAGUGGGGUUCACUGGAGCACCUCAGGGUGCCAUCCCCACACCGGGAAGGGGGUCUUGUCCCCCAGGAUGGUUUGAGAGGAGUUUCUGCCAUGUCCACCCCACUGCGGUGGCCCUGCCUCCAGCCUGGUCUGUGUCCCUGCAUGCUUGGCAUCACUCGGUGGCACCGGGAAGCUCUGUCCCAUCUGUGCCAGGCAGAGGGGCCGUGUCUCUCGUGUUUUGUCCCUUCCCUCUGUCCUGGCUGUUGCAGAGAGCUCCCGGGCAGAGCAGCCCCCCGGCCCGGCCCCCGAGUGUCCCGGUGUGUGUCCCGGUGCUGUCCCUGGUGUGCCCUCGGUGUUACCACGAAACAAAGAGCUCCCUGUGGUGUGUAAAAUGGCCAAACCCUGACUGUUGUAAAAUAAACUGAGCUAUUGUGUCUCCUUUUAAAUAGGCGAGUGUGCUGCUGUGCUGGAGGGCUGGUGUGCUCUGUGCUGUGACCUAAGGGGAAAGGAAUAAAAUAUCGUUUCUA